AAAAAAAAAAAAAAAACAGUAUCUCAGUUCUCCGCAUGGUCUAUGGCACCAGAUGGUAUCUUCAAACUCUGUGAUCCUAGUUGCACUUGAAAAAAGUUGCAAUCUUUGUUGAGUUCUCUCUGACUCUACAAAAUGGGCAAGAGUUUUCUAUAUUGGAACGGAGAUACCUUUCUGCCUCCAGCAGAACAGCCACCAUAUUUUCUUUCUCAGCCAAACCCACCUUUCCCUAACACUGUUCGAUCUGAUAGUUUCAGUUGGAAUGACAAGGCCUUAAAGGUAAGUCCAAGCAUACUUCUCAUCAUCAUAAUUCUGGCUAUUGUUUUCUUCAUUUCUGGUUUGCUUCACCUCCUGGUGAGAUUUCUGUGGAGACCUCAAAGUAGAGACCCUGAUGAUUUGGAUAGUGUCACUGCUCUUCAAGGGCAAUUGCAACAACUCUUUCACCUCCAUGAUGCUGGGGUUGACCAGUCCUUCAUUGAUACCCUCCCUGUCUUCCUUUACAAAGCCAUCAUAGGAUUAAAGAACCCAUUUGAUUGUGCUGUUUGUUUGUGUGAAUUUGAACCAGACGACAAGCUCAGGUUGUUGCCAAAAUGUAGCCAUGCUUUUCACAUGGAGUGUAUUGACACCUGGCUCUUGUCUCAUUCCACUUGUCCUCUUUGUAGAGCUAGCUUGCUCCCUGACUUCUCUUCAAACAAUACUUGUUCUCCCAUUGUUCUUGUUCUCGAGUCUGGGAGUGAGAGCUCGAGGGAGAUUGUUCCAGAAAGAGAUGCUGCUGCUGCUGUUGGAAGAACUAGUUCGGUUUUAACAACAAAUUCUCGUCUCGGUUGCCGUGGAGACAGUGAAUGUGGUGGAUCCACCCGUAUUGAACUACAAACCAAAUCGGGUGAUUUAGCUUCAAGUGAAAAUCUUGAUCCAACCGUAGCAGGGGAUGCUGUGGAAAAGGUGGUCAUUGUUAAGCUUGGAAAGUUCAGGAACGUGGAUGGUGGCGGCGGAGAAGGAGGAGAAGGAAGUAGCACCAACAAUGUAGAUUCUAGAAGGUGCUUUUCUAUGGGGUCCUUUGCUUAUGUUAUGGAUGAGAGUUCUUCACUACAGGUACCUAUAAGAACCCCAAUAAAGAAGCAGUCAAGUAAGAAAAAGUCUGUUUUGCCUUUGACACCGGGACACAGACCUGCAAUGUCAGAAUGUGACUUUGAAUCCAGAAGGGAUUACAAAUUCACAGACUUUGAUGCAACUAGAGUUGAGGAUGUUAAUGGGGCUACAAGUACUUGCAUAAAGGAGAGUUUUUCUAUAUCAAAGAUUUGGCUGAGGGGGAAGAAGGAUCAGCCAAAUGCAGUGGCAGAUUCUUCUAGAAGGGCUUUCUCGUUUCGGUUCCCAGCACAGCGCAACGUUGUUGUUAAUGCUAGAAGUGAGUUCGGCUAUGAUGAGGAAAACCAAAGCUGUUAUAGUAUGGAUUCUCAAGCUAGAGCACCUUCUUUUGCUAGGAGAACUUUGCUUUGGCUCACGGGAAGACAGAAUAAGGUUGUUCACUUGUCCUCUGAUUCCAAUCUCUAGUUUCUCUCGUUCUUUAUCUCAAUUUUUUUUGUUUUUUUGGAACCAUUUUUUCUCCGAUCUUUUGAUUCUGCAAUCUAGAUUUGUUAAAGAAGAAUAUUAGUGGUAGAAAGAUGCAAGAAAAAGGGAAAAGUGAAAUGAGUUGUCGGAUCUGAAUACAGUAUUUCUCCAUAAAGUCUAUUGCUGUUCCAUUGAAAAUGUAAGAGAGGUUCUUUUGUUUUUCCUCUUUGCUGAUUUUCCUGUUCAAUGGUCACAUAAAAUUCUAAAACAUCUAUAAUAUACGAUCUUGUCAUGUUUGUAAAUUUUCUCUGGUUCUCACAAUCUUAUUACCAGCAGUUAGUUAUGACAAA